ACAGGUUUGAAGGAAACACACCUGUUGGCAGCAGCACAACAUACCUGUGUGCCGGUGGGUGAGUGUGGGCAGGACCGUGAGUGUAAUGACUUUCAGAUUACCCUUUGCAGGCUGACACACAGGUAAAGCAGGUGAGAGAGACAAACACACUGACCUGUCAGAGGAUGGACAUCACUUCCUGUUUCUGUGGCGUCGCUGCAGCGGUGUUCUUCCUCACCGUGCUGUGGAGGUUUAAAGAGGGCUGUGGAGCAGGAAACUGGCCCGGUACCUUCGGGGCCCUCGGCGUCGGCGGGGCCCUCGGUGGCGGGGCCGCUCUGUAUUUCACGGUUCCUCCUGUUGUCUGUGUGUCCGCGGCCCUCCUCGGCUACAGCCUGGUCCUGAUCUGUGACACUGAGAGGAGAGUGGAGCUGCUGCAGAGCAGAGCGGUGCUGAUUACAGGUUGUGAUUCAGGUUUCGGUCUGGCGCUGGCGACGCGGCUCAGCGAGGUGGGAGUGAAGGUGUUUGCUGGUGUCCUGGAUGUGAACGGAGCCGGAGCUCGACAGCUGAGAGAACGAGGAUCUGAAAACCUGCAGGUGCUGCAGCUCGACGUCACCGACGGCUCCCAGAUAGAGGCAGCACACAGGUACAUCUGUACUCAGGUGGCUGACACAGGUCUGUGGGGUUUGGUGAAUAACGCCGGAGUCCUUCUCUGUCCUGUGGACGCGGAGCUCCAGCCGAUGACGGCGUACAGACUCUGCAUGGACGUGAACUUCCUGUCUGCUGUGAAGAUGUGUCAGGUGUUCCUCCCUCUGCUGAGGAGGUCCAGAGGACGCAUCGUCAACAUGUCCAGCCUGGCAGGUGAGGUGCCGAUGCCCCGGUUAGCUGCUUACGGAGCCUCUAAGGCAGCGCUGAGUGUUUUCUCUAAAGUCAUGAGGCUGGAGUUAUCCAUGUGGGGCGUCAAAGUGGCUUUAAUUCAACCUGCAGCCUUCAGAACAAAUAUCUUCGGGAACAGUGACGACGUUGCUCGCUACAGCGACGAGAUCCUCACAGCGGUUUCCUCUGAUGCCAGAGAGGAUUAUGGGGAUACGUACAUCUCGUCCCUCCCCAGGAGUCUGUCCAGAAUGUCCCGUCAAUGUGCGAAGGAUCUGUCUCCGGUGGUGGACGACGUGUGUCACGCUCUGCUGUCAGUCCGUCCUAAACCCAUGUACACCCCCGGAAAGAUGGGAUGGCUGCUCCCGUUCCUCCACCGCUGCAGCCCCACCGCCGUGUUCGACGCCGUCAUCACGACCCUCACCGAACACGCCGACUGUAAACCAGCAGGACUCAACAGGAGCUGAGGCUCAUGGGAAAACAAACUUAAGACUGAUCUUCUAUCGUCAGCAGCAAAACCCUUCUUCAGAGACUUGAAACUUGCUUUGAAGGAGGUCAAAUGAACAUUUAGUCGAGAAUAUACGUAUUAUUUUAGGCACGUUACAUUAUUGUCAUGGAGGUCACUAAAACUCUUGUUGUUAAAAAGCAGAACUGAACAUUAAAAAAUGUGAACAUCUAACUCUUAACAAGAAAGAGAAGAAGUGUCUUUCCCAAAAUAUUGAACUGUUCCUGUAAGAGCUAUUUAAAUAAAUCACGUAUGAGGCACGAAUACACUGAGCUAAGCAUUUAAUGAAGGUCUCAUCAUGCAGCACAGACAUGUUAAAACACUCUCACAUAUCUUUUCUUUAAAAAACAGGAUGUAUAACAUCCAAUCAGCCUUAAAACACUGAACAUUCUGCUCACUGAUGCUCUCUCUAUAGAUUCUGCAAACAAG